CCUCGAUGUAGCCAACCCUUUAGCUACUGGGUACAGGCCUAGGUAGGUCUAUACACAUCCAUGGAAGCUUGGAUGAACCGGAGGUCAUACACAUCUUGAAUUCGCGACAAGAUACCUUAGGUGGGUAGGUAAGAGUAUGUAAUGUAUGUACAAGUGAUGGCAGGCUAAGAAUAGACGCCCAUGGAUACCUUAGUAGGCAGUAUGCACGUACAUAUGUAAGUAGAGGAAUCUAGAAUCGUUGGGGCCAGGUUAAGACUCAUGGCGUCGCCUAGCGGUUUGCUCGUUUUGCUCGUAUUGACAUUUUCCAUUAUUGAAAAUGGGUUUCAUGCAUGGACUUCUAAUAAUCCCCCUUUUCAAUUCUAAGGUUGUGUCUUUUUUAUUUUUAUUUUUUUUUCGUUUUAUUCUUUUUUGCAGGGUUUUCAAGCCUCAAUUCAGCUCUUCAUCUCUCUUAUGUAGAUAUGUGCUUACGUACCUAGACCCUAUACGGUAUACCUACCUAGGACUGUUGUUUGUCACUCUUUCUCUAACUCCCCCCGUCAGCUCUGGCUUCCUUCAUUUCCUCUGUCUAGCCAAUCUCAUGAGGGCUUGUGUGGUACAAGAACAUUUUCCAAGGUACCUACCUUGCAGGACAUAAGGC